AUGUCUGAUGAAAAUAUAAACGUAACGUUUAAAAAAUCAAAUGAAGAAUUUUUUGAAAGGGAAUCAGAUCUCGGAGAUGAAAUUUAUGGUGAAGAUGUUUUUCAACCAUUUAUUACAAAACCCAAAGAAAUAUUAGGAGAAUCAGAUGGAAAAAGUUGGGAAUGUCUUGGAGAAUAUGGUGAAUUGGAAGGAUAUUAUUUAUAUCCAAAACAAGCGGCAGAAUCAUCAGACAUUUGGGAAGUACAUUCUAUUCCUUCCCUACCUGAAACCCCUGAAGUUAGCGAAGUUGAAGAAACGGAAGAAGAAAAAGAAAUAAGAAGGGAGAGGGAAAUGCUUUUGGAUAAAAUCAAGCAUAAAACUAUUGAAAGGCUUUUGUUAAGGCGGAAAAAUGCAUUUUUACAAGCAAAAUUAGGGGAAUUAUUUAAAAAAAGGAGAAUGGAUAACGUUUUUAAAGAAGAUCCUAAAGGUCUCGACAUUGAGGGAAAAUAUUUAAAAAAGUUGUUUGCUUUUAAAGAAUUUAAACUUGCUCAAAAAUCUGAAAUUGAAUCUCUAACCUUAAAAAUGGAGGAAUAUGAAAUACAAACUAAAAAUUUAGAAGGAGAAUUAGAAGAAAAAUUAAAAAAUUAUGUUAAUAGAGCAAAAGAAGUAUCUAUGAAUUUAAUUUAUUCAAAAACUGGGAAAAAAAUCAAUGAAGAGACUGUAGAUCGAUUGUUAAGUAGACAAAUAUUAAAAUUUGAAGAAAAGGGAAAAAGAAAACUUCAAUUAAUAAAAAUAAAAAAUUUACUCGAAGAAAAAGAACAACAAUUGAGAGAAAUGCAAUACUUUGGUAAUGGAUUACACAUUGCAGAUUAUGAACAAAUGAAAAUCGACAAUCAAAAUUACAAUGAUAAAAUCGAAGAAAAAGAAGAAGAAUUGACAAAUAUAAGAUCUAAAACGCAAACUGUAAUACAAAAUUUAGCCAAUGUUAGAGAAAAAGCUUAUGCUGUCGAAGGAGAUAUUGAACUAAUGGAAGAAAAAAUGUAUGAUAUUGAAACCUCACUGUUGGAGGUUAAAGAAGAUUUAACAAAGGCAAGAAAAAGAAGAGAUAACUUGAGAGAAGAAUUUGGACGUUUAAAAUGUUCAUCUGGUUUGUUAACUAGAAAUAAAUUACUCAGAGAUUUUGAACGUUCUAUCGCAGAAGGGAAACGCUUUCAAAAAUCAUUGUCAGUGGUUAAGAAAGCAAUGGAAGAAAAAUUUAAACAAGAAAGUGAAAUAACCAAUUUACUCCUUAAUAAAGAAAAAGAAUCAUCAUUGGAAAAACUUCAACCAAAGGCUCCUGUUAAAAAAGAGAAAAAAAAGGAAUUAAAAAAAUCAGUUGAUCGUAUUACUUUAUAA